AUGACAAAAAGCGAUACCCAACCCUCUACUUGCUCCAUCGAAGAGUUCUUGGAGACUUCCUUCGACUACAUAAUCUGCGGCGGUGGAACCGCGGGAUGCGCUGUUGCUGCAAGAUUGAGUGAAAAUGCGCAGGUUACAGUCGGUUUGAUUGAGGCGGGAAAAUGUCGACUUGGAGAUCCUGUCAUUGAUAUGCCCGCAAAUUUUGCUGCGAUGUUGGACAACCCCGAGUAUGAUUGGUGCAUUCACACCGCGCCACAGAAAGGAAACCAUGACAAUGUUCACCACGUUCCACGCGGCAGGUUCUUGGGCGGCUCAAGUGGUAUGAACGCCACUUGUUAUGUCCGCGGGUCAUUGAGGGACUACGACGAUUGGGCUGCGCUUGUUGGCGAUGAGGGAUGGUCCGCUAAGGCUAUGCAACAAUACAUGCGCAAGCAUCAGACAUUCGAACCAGCCGAGACAGACCUAGACCGAUCGAUAAAUUCCCUUGGUGAAUUUCAUGGCACCCAAGGUCCGAUCCACACGAGUUUCAAUGACGGGGUAUUGCCCAUUGAGCACACCUUUGCCAAGGCAUGCGAAGACGUAUUGGGUAUUACUGAAAGACCGGUCGAUCCGUGGUCUGGCGAUCAUAUUGGAUUUUAUCACGGCUUGGCAACUGUGAAUAGAACAGGACCUGACAAAGGGAAGCGAAGCUAUGCUGCAGGGGCAUACUAUGCGCCUAAUCACAAUCGCUGUAAUUUGAAAGUUCUAUGCGAGACCCAUGUCAACAAAGUGAUACUAGACGAAAAUAACCGGGCGACUGGUAUUAGCAUCACUCACUGCGACCACGACUAUCAGAUCAAGGUCGCCCGAGAGGUAAUACUGUGCGCGGGUACUAUAUUCUCUCCCCAUGUCCUAGAAUUGUCUGGCAUUGGUGAUCCAGCCAUCCUCAAAGCAGCCGGAAUCCCUUGCAAGGUCGAAAAUGCUGCUGUUGGGUCCAACCUUCAGGACCAUACUAUCUCAUUUCUUACCUGGAACGUUCAGUCAGAUGUCAUUACAGGAGAUAUUCUUCGGGUAGUCCCUGAGGCCAUGCACGCCGCCAUCAAACAAUAUAUGGAGACCAAAGACGGGCCUCUCACUAAUGCUCCCGGUGUUAUGGGGUUUCUUCCAGCGAAGAGUAUCAUGUCCGAAGCGGAACUGAAAGAGCUUAUCAAACAUGUCGCAGAGGUUAAACCAACAAGUGCGUUUCAUUCCAAGCAGCUAGAGUGCAUUAUUGGGAAUCUCCAGGACGAGAAAUCUGGAAAUCUGCAAAUAGGUCUGUUGCCAGCCAUGAUGAACCCAAAAAGAGACUCGAGGCAUCAUGGGGAGCUAUUAUCUCCAAGUCCCGACUGUCAGGGGAGUGGAGUUUCAUUCUUCGUUGGGAUACAGUACCCGGUUGCGCGUGGAUACGUUCAUGCUGAAUGUGAUGAUCCUGCACGUCCGCCAAUCAUCCAGCCAAAUUGGCUUGGUGAUGAAGCAGAUGCUACCCUUCUCGCUGCUGCUCUUCGCUGGGCGGACAAAGUCGGUCAAUCAGAGCACCUCCGAGAUUCAAUCAUCAGCAGGUCUUUCCCUCACCCAGAAGUCAACUUACAGAGCCUUGAUCGAGCAAAGGAAGCGGCACAUGAUUUCGUCAAUUCCAACUACCAUGUGUGUGGUACAGUUGCAUUGGGUCAAGCACUAGACACUCGUCUACGAGUGAAAGGAGUAAAGGGCCUUCGAGUGGUGGACGCGUCGAUCUUCCCAAAUAAUGUUAGUGGUAACAUUCAAGCGACUGUAUAUGCAGUGGCAGAGAAGGCAGCCGAUUUGAUCAAGGAAGACUGGGGAUUUCCUGAAGUGAGUAGGACAAACCGCAUUCCAGAGUUGAAACUAUGA